AGUCAUGCUCGGCAGGUCUGGGUACCGGGCGCUGCCCCUGGGGGACUUUGACCGUUUCCAGCAGUCGAGCUUCGGCUUCCUGGGCUCGCAGAAGGGUUGCUUGUCCCCGGAGCCGGGCGGCGUGGGGCCGGGGGCCGGUGAGUGGCCGCCCAGCACAGCGGACCCGGGAGAGAUCGGCUGGCUCCCCUGGGCCCGAACUCUCUGCCUGUCGGGAGUCAGCCGAUGCACCUCAGAGCUGGCCUUCCUGGCUCUGCCAUGGCCUCAUCAGUUUCCUGGGGUUCUUGCUGCUUCUGAUCACCUUCCCCAUUUCUGGUUGGUUUGCCCUGAAGAUGAGGAAACUGAAGCUCAGACUUGUCCAAAGUCAUACUGGGAGCCAAUAAGUGGCAGAAACAAGUCUUCCCAAACUCCCAAGUUUGGGGGUCUGAACGCUGGCUUUAAGAUCGUGCCCACCUAUGAGCGCAUGAUCGUGUUUCGACUGGGCCGGAUCCGCACCCCUCAAGGACCCGGUAUGGUUCUGCUCCUGCCCUUCAUUGACUCCUUUCAGAGGGUGGAUCUGAGGACACGAGCCUUCAGUGUCCCUCCUUGCAAGUUGGCCUCUAAGGAUGGGGCUGUGCUGUCUGUGGGGGCUGACGUCCAGUUCCGCAUCUGGGACCCGGUACUGUCGGUGAUGACAGUGAAGGACCUGAACACAGCCACACGCAUGACGGCCCAGAAUGCCAUGACCAAGGCUCUGCUCAAGAGGCCUCUGCGGGAGAUCCAGAUGGAGAAGCUCAAGAUCAGCGACCAGCUCCUGCUGGAGAUCAAUGAUGUGACCAGGGCCUGGGGGCUGGAGGUGGACCGCGUGGAGCUGGCAGUGGAGGCCGUGCUCCAGCUGCCCCAGGACAGUCCAGCUGGGCCCAGCCUGGACAGCACCCUGCAGCAGCUGGCCCUCUACUUCCUGGGAGGAGGCAUGUCUUCAGUGGCAGGAGGUGCCCCACUCCCCGAGCCAGCAGAUACCUUGGAUAUGGUGAACGAGGUUGAGCCGUCUGCCCCUCAUGGUGGUGCCAGGUCCAGCCCCAAGCAGCCAGUGGCCGAGGGGCUGCUGACGGCUCUGAAGCCCUUCCUGUCUGAGGCCCUGGUCAGCCAGGUCGGGGCCUGCUACCAGUUCAAUGUCGUCCUGCCCAGUGGCACCCAGAGCAUCUACUUCUUGGACCUCACUACAGGGCAAGGGAGGGUGGGACACGGGGUGCCUGAUGCCAUCCCUGAUGUGGUGGUGGAGAUGGCUGAGGAGGACCUGCAGGCCCUGUUGUGCAGGGAGCUGCGGCCCCUGGGGGCCUACAUGAGCGGGCGGCUGAAGGUGAAGGGCGACCUGGCCGUGGCCAUGAAGCUGGAGGCUGUCCUCAGGGCCUUGAAGUAGCAGGUUUGGCUGACUGUCCAUAGCCCAGCUCCGAACCUGGCACCAAGCCAGGGGGGCAUCUUGGAGGAGGAGUCAUUGACACUGCACCUUGGAUUGUUGAGGCCCUGAGAAGUUUCAGGCCCAGCAAGAGCCAAUGAGCAGAGGCUGGGAGACCCUGGAGACUGGGAAAGGCUGAGUCAGGCGGCCCUGCCCUUCUCACCCACAGUGGUUCUCCGGACAAGCCUUUGCUGAUCCUGGUCCCCUGCCGAGUACCCGGUCUGAGCUGGGUACACAGCGCAGUGACAGGAGAGCCAGGCCUGCUGUGCUCUGCUGGCUACCUGACUGGAGAGCCAGGGCUGACAGAAACAGCCUGACAGCAGCUGGUUUGGUCCCAGUGUGAGGGAGCAAUGCAUGCAGCUCAGGCUCCAAGCUCCAGAAGCAGGGUCAGAGAGGCUGGAGGAGGGAGAGGGAAGGCGGCCACCGAGAAGAGGUCCCUGCAGUGGGAGGGAUCUGGGGAUCGGCUGGGUCCUCCCUGCUGAUUGCAGUCCAGGCCCAGGCUGUGGGGAUGGGGACAGGAAAGAGUGGGGCUGGCUCCUCCCCGGCCCUGCUCUUGAAGAUGUCUUGACUCAUCUCGCAGCUCGGUUGCAUGCCUGACAGACUGGAGCCCAGGGCAGCAUGAAGGAGAGCCCUGCUGUUCCUGUGCUUUUCGGAGGUUUGAAAACCUCAAAUAAAUGUGAUGUUUACAAUGUAUUUGGAGAGAAAUAGGGGUAAUGGAGGUGGGUCGGAGGGUCUCUGAGGUGAUGCCCCUGCUGCCGGACCAGGGCCCAGGCCCUAAAGGGUGACACAAGCCCUGACAGUGCUCUUCAAUCACCCACAGUUCCCCUUCCUGCCCAGGGUCUCAAAGCAGACAGGAGCAGGGCACUCUGUUCCUGUUUAUAGUCAGGGUAGAGGUUUGGCAGGAAAGAGGGGGUGUGUGUGUGACAGAGCUGGUCUGGCAAACAGUAACCUAAUGAAGGCAGGGCUGGGGGCUCAUACCACAUUCAAGAGAAGGGUAGGAGCUGCUAUCAGCUGCCCCUCCUGUUAUACCCCUGGUCACUGUUUCCCUACUGUUCUGGCCCAAACCUCAGGGACCCCAGAGAAGGGGGGCCUUAGACAUCUCGGGUUCUAAGAAAUGAUGAAUCUCUCACAUCCUGGAGAGACUUGUUAAAAAAAAAAAAAAAAAAAAAAACCACAGAAAUUUGACGCUCCUCUUUGAGGAGCAGCCUCUGGCUGUGAUCUGGCACCAGGCCUUCCCCCUCAGGGCCCUGUCCAGCUGCCUUGGCACCAGGCUCCAUCCAGUUUGCCCUUUUGUUCCUGCCAGUGCCCGCCUUGGCCUCUUGUAGGUCCUCCCAGCGUAGACCAAACCACCAUUGGGUUCAGGUUGCAGCCCCAGGGCCCCUUCCUGGAGGGCCAGAGCCCCAGGUUGCUGCCCCUGCUCUGUCCCUCUCUUCACUCCUGGAGGCCGCCCAGCCAGGGCUGCCUGUUCAAAAGCCUUCCCUCCAAUCCCCACCGGCCACACUCCCGCUGCCCGUGAGCCCUGGUGGGGCAGGAUCUUCUCUGCUUGGCCUGGGCUCCCCCUCUACUUUGGCGCUGUCGUUGUGCCUGUUGCCCACUGUGUCUGUCACUGUUCUUGUGUAAGUGCCUGCCCUCCCUGCUGGACCGUGAGCUUCGUGCCUGAGCCAUCCAUCGCUACUGCACACAGUGCCCCGGGGGGAAGAGGGGAAAACCCAGGCAUCUUCCGCAUGAAAGCUUCAGGGAAACCAAAACUCUAAUUUUCUUGGUGGCUGUUGGAGGAUCAGCAUCACAGGGGAAACAAACUUUUCUAGAUGUCUGUGUGGUUGGAGAACAAAGCCUGCUGCCAGUAGUUAAUACCUUCCUGUCAAGGGGAACUCAGUCCUUGGUGAGGCCAGCACUCCAGGAAAGGGAGCCCACAGGUUCAAGGCCUCUGAGUUUCUGAGGACCCAGCAGACUUUGUAGUCCCCAGUGGGGGACGAGGGGCACCUAAUGGGGCCAGGGUGUGGGGAGGGAGGGAGAGGGUGUCCAUCAAAGAAGGCUUCCUGAGGAGCUGAUGCCUGAGACUCACAGCUACAUGGAGAUGAGAGAAGAAAGAAAAUGGGGGAAAGACACUCCGCAGAGGGGAAAGUCCCUGUGAGAGCACAGGACGAGGCAGUGGGCAUCUCCAAUUUGGGAAACUGGAACCUAAAGUCUGAAGGGGGAUGUAUGCAGGGGUUUUUGGGGAAGCGGGUAACAGUAGUAACUGAUGCUGUGCCAAGGAUGCCCCUGUACUGCACUAGGCACUUCCUAUAUUUGUUUUCCUCAAGCUAACCUGAUGAAUAGUGAUAGUUAUAUUAUUAUGCUAUAUUGAUAUAUAAUGUAUUAUUCUGAUGUUAUUUUUAAAUAAGUAUUUAAUUUUGAAUAGAGAAUUUUAAAAAGGCGUGCUAUGAAAAUUGUCCCUUGCACUCCUGAUUCCAUCCACAUAUUUUCAAACAGGUAUCCCAUGGUAUUUGUUUCUUGGUUUUUCUUCCAGAAGUUGAGGUUUAAAAAAAAUACGUUUACAAGAAAAUCCAAAUAUAUUAUUCUCUGGACGGGGGUUGGUUGUUUUUUGGGUUUUCACAGAAAUGGCAGCAUAGCAAAUACAAUGUUGAUUUGUUCACUUAACCUUACAGUUGAGGAUCUUUCCAUAUUAGCACACCUAGACUUUCCCUAUUCAGUUUUGUAGUUACAUAGGAUUCCAUUGAAUGGGUUAUCAUAGUUUAUUUAACCUGGUUUGCAUUGAUGGGCAUUCAGAUUUUUUGUGUGUGUUUUGCUAUUUCAAACAAUCUUGCAGUAAUAAUCUUUCACAUAUGCUAUUUCACCUGUGGUUGAAGUUCAUCUGUGAGAUAAAGUCCUAGAAAGGAAAUUGCUAGGUCAAAGCGUUUCUAAUUUAAUAUUGCCCAAAUGCCUUCUCUGGGGGUUAUUCUAAUUUACACUCCCAUUAUCAGUGAGUGAGAGUCUGUUUUUCCUCAUAGCCAUGGCAAC